GGAGAGGAGGGGGUGGAUAUAAACGAGCUGAAUAGAGGUCACGAAAGCGCGAUGUGACAUCUCGACAACGUGAAGCAUUCUUCGUGUUAUUCACCUGGGAGGCUGCGAGUUAAUGGACGCUCCCCCUCGCGCCGCUAUCCGUCCGCCCGCGCGGAGAGACUCGCAUCGUUCCAGUGCUAUGGAAACGGGAGAGAUGGAGCAAGCGCGCGACAGAGGGGGAUACCCGGCACCUCAGCGCUGCCUCGGGCAUUUGAUCAGCGGGGGCUCUGUAGUGAAUGCCGAGGCAGUAUGGGACCAUGUGACCAUGGCUGACCGGGAGCUGGCUUUCAAGGCUGGCGAUGUCAUCAAGGUGUUGGACGCCUCGAAUAAGGACUGGUGGUGGGGUCAAAUCGACGAAGAGGAGGGCUGGUUUCCUGCCAGCUUCGUCAGGGUGGAGUCCCACCCCCCUCAAACCAAACAGCUUUUUUAUAUCAACCCUGUCGCUGCAUCACGCUUCACAAACACCACGGCUAAGUUAUGGGUAAAUCAGGAGGAAAACAUCGUAGUCGAGGUUGCCGAAAGCUCCAGCGAGGUGCAGAAUGGCCAUGCAGAGGCCAGUCCGAACCCCAGCACCGACUGCUUGUGUCUGGGCCAGCCCACUCAGAACCGGGACCAGAUGAGGGCCAAUGUCAUCAAUGAGAUCAUGAGCACAGAACAACAUUACAUCAAACACCUGAAGGACAUCUGUGAGGGGUAUCUCCGUCAGUGUAAAAAGAGAAGAGACAUGUUUAACGACGAUCAGCUGAAAGUUAUCUUUGGAAAUAUCGAAGAUAUUUACAGAUUCCAGUUGAGCUUCGUCAGAGACCUGGAGAAACAGUUUAACACGGAAGAACCUCAUCUCAGCGAGAUCGGACCUUGCUUUUUGGAACAUCAAGAUGGAUUUUGGAUCUACUCGGAAUACUGUAACAACCACGUUGAUGCCUGCAUGGAGCUCACACGUCUCAUGCGAGACGCACGAUACCAGCACUUCUUCGAAGCUUGCCGAUUGGUUCAGCAGAUGAUCGACAUCGCCAUUGAUGGCUACCUGCUCACACCAGUCCAGAAAAUCUGCAAAUACCCUCUACAGCUGGCAGAGUUACUGAAAUACACAGUACAAGAACACAGUGAUUAUCGGUAUGUGGCUGCUGCGCUAGCUGUAAUGAGAAAUGUCACUCAGCAAAUCAACGAACGCAAACGGAGGCUUGAGAACAUUGACAAAAUCGCCCAAUGGCAGGCCUCUGUACUAGACUGGGAGGGUGAGGAUAUUCUGGACAGGAGCUCAGAGCUUGUGUACACUGGGGAGAUGUCCUGGAUAUAUCAACCAUACGGGCGCAGCCAAACCAGAAUCUUCUUCCUAUUCGAUCAUCAGAUGGUCCUCUGUAAGAAGGAUCUCAUUCGCCGUGAUAUUCUCUACUAUAAGGGUCGGAUUGACAUGGAUCGAUAUGAGGUCAUUGAUGCAGUCGAUGGCCGAGAUGAUGAUUUUAACGUUAGCGUGAAAAACGCCUUCAAACUGGCCAACAGAGACACAGACGAGAUCCAUCUGUUCCUGCCCAAAAAGCUGGAGGAGAAAAUCCGUUGGCUUCGGGCGUUUCAAGAGGAAAGAAAGAUGGUCCAGGAAGAUGAGAAGAUUGGGUUUGAAAUCUCUGUAUAUCAGAAGAAACAAGCUGCCUUGACCGUUAGGAGAGUCACCAAACAGAAAAGUGUGGGCCGGUCAGGCCCCCCAGCGCACCCACCUCCUUUGGACCCCAUGAACCCCGGGCAGUACCUCCUCCCUGACGGCUACGGGCAGGCGGACGGAUAUGAAUACGAGCCCAAACGCAGCACAUCUCCCUUCUGGCAGAACUUCAGUCGGUUAGCUCCCUUUAAAAAAUAGAACACACAUCCACCAGGGGUCGGAUACACCAGCCUCUGUAUACUUGGAAAAGCACUAUUCUACUUAAGAUACACCUGCGGGACUUGAGGAGGACCGACACACACACAAACUACCGGAGAGAGGGCGGACCUCGCUUUACUGGAGUUUACCAGGUGUAUUACUUUUACUGGGGUUACGGGGACACCUUGCUGGGCUGGCUGCACUGAAAACUGCACACGACAUGUAAUUCACAGAAAAAAAUCACGCAAAAACACACACAAAACAUAAAUUUUAUUCCUCGGCACUCUCUUUUUAGAGAGGUUUUAAAUGAUGAAAUAUGGAAAAUCUCUUAUGGUUUCUUCUCUAUACAAAUCGACAGAUAGCGAAUUUUCACCGUUUGAAGCACUAAACCACGGUAAUGACUCUUGCUCUCUAGCGCCGCCCUGGUGUUCCUCCGUGCACUGUGACUAUUCGGG